GACCAUUGCAGCAAGUUUGUGCGGGCCGACACUCACUGACAAAACACUGUGAAGAAGUUUGGAUCUGCACUCAUCGCAACUUGUUUGGCUGAAUAUAGACCAAAGCAGCCAUGCCGGGUAAAGAUCCUAACAAGCCCAGAGGAAAGACCUCCUCUUACGCCUUCUUCGUGCAGACAUGCCGCGAGGAGCACAAGAAAAAGCACCCGGGAACUUCCGUGAACUUCUCAGAGUUCUCCAAGAAGUGCAGCGAGAGAUGGAAGACUAUGUCAGCCAAGGAGAAGGUGAAGUUUGAGGACUUGGCCAAGGGUGACAAAGUCCGUUUCGACAGGGAGAUGAAGGGUUAUGUGCCUCCUAAAGGAACCAAAGUAGGCAAAAGAAAGAAGGACCCCAACGCCCCCAAGAGGCCACCAUCUGCCUUCUUCGUGUUCUGUGCUGACCACCGUGCCAGGAUCAAGGGUGAGCACCCUGGCAUUUCUAUAGGAGACAUUGCCAAGAAGCUGGGUGAGCUGUGGUCCAAACAGACACCCAAGGACAAGGUGCCCUACGAGGCCAAGGCUGGCAAGCUCAAGGAGAAAUACGAGAAGGAUGUGGCGGCGUACCGUGCGAAGAGUGGCGCCGGCGGCGGCAAAAGUGACGCAGGGAAGAAGAGCGGACCCGGCCGGCCAACUAAGAAGGUGGAGCCUAUGGACGAUGACGAUGAUGACGACGACGAGGAGGAAGACGAGGAUGAUGAUGACGAUGAUGAUGAGGAUGAUGACUAGACAGCCUGGGAACUGGAGUGUUUUACAAAACAAUGUGAACCCCGGGGUGCAAUGUCGGUAGCAUGUCUAAAUCCACAUUCUUGUUCAUGCGUGGGUGUUGAAGCCUUGGUAUCGACAUGCUAACACGUUUAUAGCAAGUGGAUAGAUGGUGUGGCCCACUGUGUUGCAGACACAUACACACACACACUGAGGUCUUGUGCUGUUUUGUAAAUUUUAUUGGCUGUUUUUCCCCCUCAAAGCACUGCUUAUUUUGUCUUGAUUAGUGGUGGUGUUUGUGUUCAACUCCCUAUAUCGUUUCCACUGCCAUUUUACAAAUACAAGGAACAACCAGUAGUUAAAACGUUUUUGAAACCAUUUUUAACGUGGAGCUUUAAAACUGUUUCAGUGUAGAAUGAAUUUUUUUCUGUUUUUUUUUUUUUUAUAAUAAAAUUUUGUAUAUUAUGAUUAAAAUGUCUGUUUUGCUGA